AACUGACACAUGACACGGAGAGACGUCUUUAGCAAUAGCGAAACGGAGGAAAAUGACAAAACAAAGCAUCCCCUCGCAAUCCAUCACAGAUUGCAAAUAUCUGGUUCCAAUUCCCCUUCCAUUCCCCCCUCUCUCUCUACCGCCGCCUUCUCUCUCUCUCUCUCUGAGUCUGUCGCUGUAGCGCCACUAUAGAUUAUAGUGCCUCACUCAUGUCCGCAACGACCGACUCUGCAACCACAAGUAGUGCCAACCAUGUCCUCUGUUCUCCCACUUCCAACCCAUUUAUCAGCCUAACCACCUGCUUCCACUUUGACGCAUCAUGGCUCUGCUUCAAGGCAACCCCAAACCAUUCCUUCUGUCUCCUCGCCGCCUCCCAAUUCGCUCCUCAACCCACCCUACUUCAUUCAACAACCGUCAAAAGCUCAAUCUCAAUCUCCGCCUGCCAAUACUAAUCAAUGCGCUUCGCAAAUUCCCAAUCCGGAGCAAUCUCCCCAGCAAAAGCAGAACAUCCCGGCUCAAUGCUGAAGCCGGGUCGGUCGGAGUCUCCGAAACAGAGGCCACGAGCGGGAGGAGGAUUCUGCUGUCGGACGUGGUGGUGAAGAGGAAAAGGCGAGUCUUUUCAGGGAGGAAGUGGAAUUCCCUGGACAUCGGGACUGCUGGUGUCGUUCUGGCAAUGCAUUUGCUCAGCUUGUUAGCGCCGUUUUACUUCUCUUGGACCGCCCUCUGGGUCGCCGUUUCGUUGUACCUAGUCACUGGUCUGUUGGGCAUUACGCUGUCGUUUCACAGGAACCUCUCCCACAGGAGCUUCAAGCUGAGGAAGUGGCUGGAGUACUUGUUCGCAUAUUGCGGUGUUUUGGCUCUUCAGGGGAAUCCAAUAGAUUGGGUGAGCACACACAGGUACCAUCACCAGCACUGCGAUUCGGAGAGAGACCCUCAUAGUCCCCUUGAAGGCUUUUGGUUCAGCCACAUGAGUUGGCUCUUUGAUACCAACUCUGUUGUUCAAAGGUGUGGUGGACCAAACAAUGUGGGGGAUUUGGAGAAGCAGCCAUUCUACAGGUUCCUGCAGCGCACCUACAUUGCACACCCCAUUGCACUUGCUGUUCUGCUCAAUGCAUUGGGUGGAGUUCCUUUCCUUCUGUGGGGAAUGUGUGUGAGGAUCGUGUGGGUUUAUCACAUCACAUGGCUUGUGAAUUCAGCUUGCCAUGUCUGGGGAAAGCAAGCAUGGAACACUGGGGACUUGUCAAGGAACAAUUGGUGGGUGGCAGUUCUUGCAUUUGGUGAGGGUUGGCACAACAAUCACCAUGCCUUUGAGUACUCGGCUCGGCAUGGCAUAGAGUGGUGGCAGCUUGACAUAACAUGGUAUGUGGUGAGGCUGCUUCAAGUACUUGGUUUGGCCACUGAUGUGAAGUUGCCCAGUGAAGCUCAGAAGCAGCGCCUGGCAUUGAACAUGGGAACCGCCUGUUGAAUUUGAGAUGGAUUUCCUCGAAUAUCACAUUCAUCUCCUUUUAAAACCCUUUGCAAGCAGAAAAGGCUACUGAUUUUUUGACUGAAUAUACACAAUAGGAAAAAAUUAUAGACAUUACGCUAGAUUUGAUUCCAAUGAGAAGAGAAACUUGAUGAUACGAACUUCACCAUGCACUUGA